AUGUCGAGCUCCGAGAUCAACCAGGUGCUCGCCAACUCGCUGUCUCCGGACGCGAACCUGCGAAACCCUGCCGAGCAGCAGCUCACACAGGCUGCUGAGAGUAACUUUCCCCUAUAUCUCGCCACUCUUGUGCAAGAGCUGGCCAACGAGAAUGCCGACGCCUCCAUUCGAGCCGCUGCCGGUGUUGCCUUGAAGAACGCUUUCACAACCCGCGAUUUCGCGCGCCAACAAGAUCUCCAAGCAAAGUGGCUACAGCAAACCGAUGACGAGACGAAAAACAAGGUCAAGGAGCUCACUUUGGCGACUCUGGGUUCUAGCAACAGCCAGGUCGGCAACGCCGCUGCCCUGGUCAUUUCCUCCAUUGCUAUCAUUGAGAUCGCCAAGGGCCAGUGGAACGAGCUGCUACCUGCAUUGGUGAAGAACGUCAGCGAAGGCACCGAACACCAGAAGCAAGCCUCAUUGACCACAAUUGGCUACAUUUGCGAGAGCCCCGAAAACGAGCUGCGCCUCAAACUUGUCCAGCACUCUAACGCCAUCCUUACAGCGGUUGUCCAGGGUGCUCGGAAGGAGGAGACCAACAGCGAAGUCCGUUUGGCUGCCAUCACUGCUCUCGGUGACUCCCUCGAGUUCGUCGGUAGCAACUUCAAACAUGAAGGAGAGCGCAACUACAUCAUGCAGGUCAUCUGCGAGGCCACUCAGGCCGACGACUCCCGCAUCCAGCAGGGUGCCUACGGUUGUCUCAACAGGGUCAUGAAUCUCUACUACGAGACCAUGCGCUUCUACAUGGAGAAAGCCCUGUUCGGCCUCACCAUCAUGGGCAUGAAGUCCGAAGACGAAGACGUUGCCAAGUUGGCGGUCGAGUUCUGGAGCACGGUCUGCGAAGAGGAGAUCACCAUCGAGGACGACAACCUCAACGUGGAAAGCUCGGACCAGAUGCGCCCAUUCUACAACUUUGCCCGUGUGGCGGCAGGAGAAGUCGUUCCCGUGCUGCUGCAGCUCCUGACCAAGCAGGAUGAGGAUGCUGCUGACGACGAGUACAACCUGGCGCGCGCCGCCUACCAGUGCCUGCAGCUGUACGCCGGUGCCGUUGGUGCCGCCAUUAUUACACCAGUCCUCACUUUCGUGGAAGCCAACCUCCGCGAGGAGGAUUGGCAUCAGAGAGACGCCGCAGUGUCAGCCUUUGGUGCCAUUAUGGAGGGCCCCGAUGAGAAGGUCCUGGAGCCCAUUGUAAAGCAGGCCCUUCCUGUUCUCAUCAGCAUGAUGGACGACUCGUCUCUGCAAGUCCGGGACUCGACCGCUUACACCCUUGGCCGUGUCAGCGACUCCGUUGCUGAAGCCAUUGAGCCCGAAACCCACCUCACCCCGCUCAUCGAAGCCUUGUUCAAGGGUCUACUCAGCAGCCCCAAGAUGGCCCCAUCAUGCUGCUGGUCACUUAUGAAUUUGGUCGAGCGCUUCGCUGGAGACUUUGGCGCCGAGUCCAACCCCUUGACCCCUCACUUCAACAACGCGGUCGCGACCCUGCUUGAUGUCACUGCCCGCCAAGAGACCGAGACCUCAGUUCGCACCGCGGCGUACGAAGUUCUCAACAUCUUCGUGCAGAACUCUGCUCAGGGAAGCUUGCAAUCCCUUGGCUCUCUCUCCGAUGUCAUCAUUAAGCGACUGGAAGAGACCAUUCCUCUGCAAAGCCAGGUGGUCUCCGUGGAGGACCGCCUCACCCUCGAGGAGAUGCAGAACAGCCUGUGCAGCGUGAUGCAGGGCAUCGUCACCCGCGUGGACAAGGAGAUCACCCCACAAGGCGACCGUAUUAUGCAGAUUCUUCUCCAGCUCCUCAGCACAGUCAACGGCAAGUCCAGCGUCCCGGAGGCUGUCUUUGCUACCGUCAGUUCUCUCGCCAACGCGAUGGAGGAAGAGUUUGCCAAGUACAUGGACCACUUCUCUCCCUUUUUGUACAACGCGCUGGGCAACCAGGAGGAGCCUGCGCUUUGCUCCAUGGCCAUUGGUCUGGUUAGUGACAUAACCAGGUCUGUGGGCGAGCGCAGCCAGCCGUACUGCGACACUUUCAUGAACCACCUGCUCAACAACCUGAGAAGCAACGCCUUAUCUAAUCAGUUCAAGCCUGCUAUCCUCCAGUGCUUUGGUGACAUUGCUGGUGCCAUCACUGGCCACUUUGAGACGUACUUGUCUGUUGUUGGUGAGGUGCUGCAACACGCAUCUACCGUCACCACUUCUCCUGAAGACCCCUACGAGCAGUACGACUAUGUAGUGUCCUUGCGUGAGGGUAUCAUGGACGCAUGGGGCGGCAUCAUUGGUGCCAUGAAGGCUAGUGGCAAGAUGCUUCAGCCAUACGUGCCUAGCAUUUUCAACAUGCUCAAGGUUGUUUCUGGCGACAUGAACCGCAGCGAGGCUCUGAUGCGCGCGGCCAUGGGUGUCAUUGGUGACCUGGCCGAGGCCUACCCCCAGGGCGAGUUCUCCAAUGAGUUCCGGGAGGAUUGGCUCACGGCCAUGAUCAAGCAGGUCAAGACCAACGACGGCUUCAUGCCGCGCACCAUCGAAACUGCCCGAUGGGCCCGCGAGCAGGUCAAGCGCCAGGUCGGCGGUACGCAGGCCGUCAUGUCAUAA